GGUCUUAACCAGCAACUAUUGGAGGCCAUCGAGCGUUUAAACUGGAAACAUCCCACCGAAAUUCAGUCGUCAACGAUACCAGUCGCUUUAAAUGGACGAAAUCUUAUUGGAAUUGCUGAGACAGGUUCUGGAAAAACUGCUGCCUAUAUUUUGCCCAUUUUGCAGCAACUAAUGACUGCGCCUGUGCACUACUUUGCUCUUAUCCUUGCUCCCACUCGUGAAUUAGCGGCACAAGUCCAAGCUCAGUUUGUGGCAUUCGGUCAGUCAAUCGGUUUGCAUACUGUAUUGCUCGUUGGAGGCACUCCGAUUGCUGAGCAGGCAAACCAAAUGGCUCUGAAACCACCACACAUACUGGUUGCUACUCCAGGCAGAUUUGUUGAUCAUUUGAAGCGUACCAAAGGAUUUGACGAAAUCAAGCUCAAGAAUUUGCGUUUCUUAGUAAUUGAUGAAGCCGAUCGUAUGCUCGGAUCAGAUUUCGAAUCAGUUAUUGAAAAAGUUCUCAUUGUGCUUCCGCCCAAACGACAGACCUUCCUGUUUUCUGCAACUAUGACCGAGAAAGUUGGCAAGCUUCAGCGUGUGGCUCUGCGCGACCCCGUGCGAAUAUCCACGCAUGAGAACAAAUUCCAGACAGUCGCCAGCUUACGCCAGUAUGUUAUGUUGGUUCCUCAGUCAGAACUUGAGUCGUACCUGAUCUAUCUACUUCGAACCUCCUUCUCUCCUCUCUCUACCUCCAUCAAAGGCCUGGAGGCCAUCAAAUUGUCCACUGAAGAAAACAGCUUGGAAAAUAUUGGGGAAGAACGGAUAAUCCUCCAAGGAUCAAUAUCCCAAUCGAUUGAUUUUCCCUGGAACCAGUGGCAGGUCGAUUACAAGGUCGUUUCGAUUUGGGCCGAGGCAUCUGACAAUCGUCUAGCUGGUGCUAUUCUGGCCAACUGCUGCGCACAUCGUUUGGACACGUUUAGCCGGACACACCUGCGACCCGAUUAA